AGCAAGAAGCGGGGCAGAGCAGCUCAAACCCUGUUCAACCAUGGGAGUGAGCCCAGAAUUGAAAGCUGAAGUCAUUUCUUCACUUUGUGGAGAACCUGUAAAACUUUAUGACAGCAGAACUUUUCAAGGGAGAGUACCUCCUCAGAAGCUGUCGGUGGAUGACUUUUUGCUUCGCACCAUCCUCGGGAACCAGGAGACGUAUCGGGAGCUUUUCUUGGAUGUCGAAAACUUUUUCGACCCAGACUAUGACUACGACUUCACCAAUCUCUCAGACUCAGAUCUUUUAUGUAAGAGAGGGGAUGAAUAUUAUGAGCGUCCAAAAGGCUGGUACCGCAUGGCCCUGAAGGUCAGAGGUAAAUAUCCAGACGGAGACGAUUGGCUGGGACCCGAUGGCUGGAGGAGACACUCCGUGCCCGGGGAAUGGCCUGUUUCAUACCAUGGAACAAGUAUCGAUGGCGCCAAAGGCAUCAUCAAGGAGUGGUACAAAGCCGGAGACAGAGAUCAGUAUGGAAGGGGAGUCUACUCUACGCCCGACAUCCACGUGGCGGACUAUUUUGCCACAACCUUCAGCUCGCCCACGACGGGGAAAUGCUACAAAGUGAUCAUGCAAAACCGAAUCAACGGCGACAAGAGAGAGAAAUGCGACGAGCCAGACUACUGGCUGAUUCCCGUCGAGAGCGGAACACCACCUGAUGAAGAGAAAUCCAUAGUGGAGCGCUCAAUUCGACCCUACGGCAUUUUGAUCAAGGAGAUAAGAGAUGAAGGAACGCCGGCACAUCAAGACAGCUUCUGCACCAUCAUCUAACAAGGUCAACGUCUUUCUUCGCACUCCAGCAGCCCAACAAGUCUGUUUCCGUCUCUUCUCAGCAACCACAAUGAUGGAAAAGACUCUGAAACUGUUAUCUCAUUCAUUUUGACUUAGUUUCAGAAAAAAAAGGAACGUGGUGGUAGUGUGAGUCACUGAUCAAUGGAAAUGAAGAAUGUUGAUUUUCUGAUGCUGAUGUUAUUGUUGUUCAUGUUUAUGACAUUUGAUUGUGAAAACACAAGAAUCAAUAGUUUAAUGAAUGUUUAUAACCCGCUUGUGUCUUUGCAUGACCUGUUUUGUCUCACCUACAAACAAUUACGAGCACAUAAAGACAGAGAGGUUGUUGCAUGUUUCCUGUUUCCUGUAAUUCAACUCAAGUUUCAGUUACCGAGUAUCAGAAACGGCAGUUAACCUGCAGACAUCUGAGGCGUGUUCCACACAGCCAAAAGACACGGAGUCAUUAUCUAUGAAAAAGUUACAGUAAUUCAUACAUACUGCAUUUUCUAAGGCAUGUUCAACCCUUUUUUAGUCGUGAUGGGGGUGGAAAAAUAUAUUACUAAUGACACAGAUCAUAACCCAAGCCAGGAAUUCAAUUAUGUUUUACAUUUAAAAAACUGGUAAUAACCUCACUUUGCUUUUGAAAAAAGAAAAAAAAAAACAAAAAAAAAAAACAAAACAAGUUUUUGGUAUUGAUCGCUCUUAAACACAAUAACUUCUGAACCAUUCACUGUUUUUU